UGCAACUGCUUUAUAAAUUUCUCUUCUCUCUUUCUCUCCUCUCUCGACGAUUACACGAUUAAGUUCUCUCUUUCUCUCCGAUCCUCGCAGCUGAGUCUCUUCUCUCCCCAAUCUUUUGACAUCUCACAAGCGCAAAAAUGCCUUGGGGCCGCUCAGACUGUUCUCACCGCCUAGGCCUGUAUCACCCACAACCUCCCAAGCACAAAUUUUGUAUGAGAAAAACCAAAGCCACGGAUUUCGAACUGGCCUCGUUGGAGAUUAUACUUGAUCAAGUGAAUGCUGACCUGGCUCUGCCCAACACUCCCUCUGACCUAGAACUUUGGGAGAAUUUGAAGAAGGAUGUUCUUGAUUCCAUUGCUGAACGUGAGGCUGAAAUAUUGGCUCCAAAGCUCGAGUUUCAUUGCAGAGUUUCUGCUAAAGCUCCAAAGCAGACAGCCAAAACAACCGAAGUUCCGAAGUAGGAGGGAAAUAUAGUGUUGGAGACUUGAUAUUUCCUUGGUUUGUUUUAGAUGUUCCAAGAAACAUAAUAAAUAAGUCAUGUUGACUGUGUUGUGUAUAAUAACACUAUGUUUAAGAAUUUAGCUUGGUUGUUUGGAUUUGGAUUUUGUUUUGUUACUGCCUUAAUGCCUUUUGAAAGUUCAAUAUGUACCCUUAGCAUCUAUCUUAAUAAGUCCUCAUUUAUGGAUGGGGAGUGUCUAAUGAUCCUUUGAUUGUAUUGUUGCUCUCUUAGCAUUUGAAUGAAUGAAGCUUAUCUCCUG